AUGAAGAAGAAAGAAGCCACUAAUGGUUCCAAGUCUUCUACUUUCGAGUUUAACAAGAGAAGAGCUGAAGGAUUUGACAAAAUCGACAAGACUAAGAAGAAUCUCGAAAGAAAAUCCCGCAAGCUCAAUCCCAACACUAUAGCUUACGCACAGAUACUUGGAACGGGAAUGGAUACACAAGACACAUCUUCCUCUGUAUUGCUCUUCUUUGACAAACAAAGAUUCAUCUUUAAUGCUGGAGAGGGCUUGCAACGUUUCUGUACAGAACAUAAAAUUAAAUUAUCAAAGAUAGAUCAUAUAUUCUUGUCUCGUGUCUGCUCAGAGACAGCAGGAGGACUUCCAGGUCUUCUACUAACUCUUGCUGGUAUUGGUGAAGAAGGGCUUUCAGUGAAUGUAUGGGGUCCUUCAGAUCUCAAGCUAUUAGUUGAUGCAAUGACGUUUAUUCCACGUGCGGCUAUGGUUCACACACGGAGCUUUGGUCCCUCUGUUUCACCUGACCCCAUUGUUCUUGUGAAUGACGAAGUUGUGAAAAUAUCCGCAAUUACCUUAGAACCAUCUCGCUCUCAGGAAGAAGAAUCUUGCAGCAAACCCAGUGAGAUCUCAGUUGUGUACGUAUGUGAAUUACCUGAAAUACUGGGGAAGUUUGACAUACAAAAGGCCAAGAAUGUAUUUGGUGUAAGGCCUGGUCCAAAGUACAGUAAACUUCAGUUUGGUGAAUCAGUGAAGUCAGAUGAAAAAGAUAUAACGGUAUAUCCAAGUGACGUGAUGGGACCUUCGAUUCCUGGUCCCGUUGUUCUCAUUGUGGAUUGUCCAACAGAGUUGCACGCUGCAGAACUGUUGUCGGUUAAGUCUUUGGAGAGUUUUUAUUCAUGUUCUGGUGGUGAUCAAGCUGAUGGAAGGAAAGUUGUACAUUGUAUUAUACAUUUAAGUCCGUCUUCUGUAACAAGUAGUACUACUUACCUGAGCUGGAUGAAGAACUUUCAUUCUGCUCAACAUAUUCUUGCUGGCCAUCAAAGGACUAAUAUGGAGUUUCCAAUUCUGAAAGCAAGUUCGAGAAUCGCGGCUAGACUUAACUACUUAUGUCCACAGUUUUUCCCUGCUCCUGGCUUUUGGCCUCCUUCUAACUCUAUUCCUUUAGAUGAGUUCUCAAAUCUUGGUAAAAGCAUUUCUGCUGAAAAUCUCCUCAAGUUUACUUUGCGUCCUCAUGCUACUCUUGGGAUCGACAGAUCUUGUAUCCCUCCUCAAGUGACAUCCUCACAAGUAGUAGAUGAGCUACUUUCAGAAAUUCCAGAGAUUCAAGAAACAACCGAAGAGAUCAAGCAGUUGUGGAACAUACAAGACAACAAGACUGAGAGCAACACUGUUCUUCCAAGCUGUCUUGAAAACAUUAGACGUGACGACAUGGAGGUUGUACUUCUAGGCACUGGCUCGUCUCAGCCUUCCAAAUACAGAAACGUUACUGCGAUUUACAUUGACUUGUUCUCUAAAGGCAGUCUUCUCUUAGAUUGUGGGGAAGGAACCUUAGGCCAGCUUAAAAGAAGAUACGGUUUAGAUGGUGCGGAUGAGGCGGUUCGAAAACUGAGAUGUGUAUGGAUCUCUCACAUCCACGCAGAUCACCACGCUGGUCUUGCCACGAUUCUUGCUCGUAGAUGCAAGCUUUUGGAAGGAGUGGCUCACGAGCCAGCGGUUGUGGUGGGACCGAGGUCACUGAAAAGAUUUCUUGACGCAUAUCAAAGACUCGAGGAUUUAGAUAUGGAGUUUCUUGAUUGUAGAAGCACCACAACAACUUCUUGGGCUUCUUUAGAAAGCAGUGAGAGCAGCAAUGCAGAGGAAGGUUCUUUGUUUAGUAAAGGAAGUCCUAUGCAGAGCGUCUUCAAGACAGAUAAUGCUUCGGUUGUGCCAAGUUUAAAGAAUCUGAAGAAGGUUCUUGGCGAAAUCGGUUUGGAGGAUUUGAUUAGCUUCCCUGUUGUUCACUGUCCUCAAGCCUUUGGUGUCGUUGUGAAAGCAGCGGAGAGAUUAAACAGCGUUGGAGAACGAAUCCCGGGAUGGAAGAUGGUUUACUCAGGCGACACAAGACCUUGUCCAGAGACAGUUGAAGCGUCACGAGAUGCAACCAUUCUUAUACACGAGGCGACGUUUGAAGAUGCGUUGAUAGAAGACGCUUUGGCGAAGAACCACAGCACGACUAAAGAAGCGAUCGAUGUGGGAUCUUCGGCUGGUGUGUAUAGGAUUGUUCUGACGCAUUUUAGCCAGAGGUAUCCAAAGAUUCCGGUGAUUGAUGAGACGCAUAUGCACAACACUUGCAUUGCCUUUGAUUUGAUGAGUAUAAACAUGGCGGAUUUGCAAGUUCUUCCUAGAGUUUUACCUUAUUUCAAGACUCUGUUUAGAGAUGAGAUGGUUGAGGAAGAGGAUGCAGAUGAUGUUGCCAUGGAAUCUUUGUGA